AGGAGCGGCCCGGCCAUGGCUGACCCCCUCCUCGCCGAGCGCCCGCCGCCGCCCGGCCAAACCUCGGCCGCGGAGCCCGCCCCGGCGCGCCGGGAGCCGGCCGGGAGGUGGCCAGCGAGCGCAGCCCAGCAGCAGGCGGAGCAGAGCGCGUGUCAGGCGUCCCCGCCCGCCGGGGCAUGCCAGGGCGAGGGCCGCCCGGAGGGGGGCGGAGAACGGGCCGCCGGGGAGGGGCCGCCUCCCGCCGACGGACAAAGAGCCGGGCCCCAGCCGGCCGCGCAGAGCCAGGGCUACGCCGGGCCGGGGGGCCACAGGGAGCGGCCCCCCGGGGGCGGCGAGGAGGAAUGGCGGCAGCUGGGCAAGAAGAAGCACCGGCGGCGCCCCUCCAAGAAGAAGCGGCACUGGAAGCCCUAUUACAAGCUCACCUGGGAGGAGAAGAAGUUGUUCGACGAGAGGCAAAGCCAGCGGGCUUCCAGGCUCAGGGCGGAGAUGUUCGCCAAGGGGCAGCCGGUGGCGCCUUACAACACCACCCAGUUCCUGAUGGAGGAUCAUGACCAGGAGGAGCCGGAUCUUAAGACCGGCCUUUACCCCAAGAAGGCGGCAGCCAAGUCAGAUGAUACCAGCGAGGAAGAUUUCCUGGAGGAGGCAGCAGACGAGGACGGGGGCAGCGACGGGAUGGGAGGCGACGGCAGUGAGUUUCUCCAGAGGGAUUUCUCAGAGACUUACGAGAGGUACCAUGUGGAGAGCCUGCAGAACAUGAGCAAGCAGGAGCUGAUCAAGGAGUACCUGGAGCUGGAAAAAUGCCUUUCCAGGAUGGAAGAUGAGAACAACAGGCUGAGGCUGGAAAGCAAAAAAUAUGGGGGGGGCUCCGCGGAGGAUGCUAGGGUAAGAGAACUAGAGCUGGAACUGGACAGGUUGAGAGCUGAGAACCUGAAGCUGCUGAAAGAGAAUGAACUUCACAGACAACAGGAGAAAUCUCUUUCCAAGUUUGGAGAGUGAAACUUUUGGGGAUGGGUGGGUGGGGGUAGGACUUUUUACAUUGAUGGAAUGUAACAUUAUAUACAUGUGUAUAUAAAAGACAGUGGAUCCUUUUUAUGAUACAUAAUCAGAAUAAACCACAGCCUUGUAUUGUUUUUGAAGCUAUAGCUAGUGUAGUGUGUGUUCUGUUAACUAUGUGCAACUGAGAAUUCCCCCCCUUUAAGAUAGAUGUGACUCAAGGGGAGGGGUGUGUCUUUUUGAUGUGCAAGUAAAUUUGACUCGACUUAUGAUGCAUUUUAUGUUUAAACCAAAAGGGGAAAAAAUCCAGGGGGAGGGAAAAACCUAGGGAAUUGUAAAUCGGCCAAAUUCUGAAAACAAUAAAAUUCAUUAUAGAGUUCUAAUAAAUUUAAUUACUUGUAAAUGGAACCGUUUCAGUGUGAUUUCUAGAAGACUAUUCAAAAUAGCAUUCUCCUAGGUGGGAAUAUGUUUUGAAUAAUUUAUUAGUGAUUUGUAUUUUUAAAUGGCUUAUUGCCUAAUAUAAAAUCAACAGAACUAAGGCUUAGACUUAAUUCUUUUGCAUCUCUGCUCCUUGCAGCCUACAGAAUUCCUAUUUCCAGUUCUAAAGCUCUAAUGUAAGUGGGUUCAUAUAAACACAUUUUGUUUUGUGGUGGCUUAGCAAAUAUUUUUGCUGUAACAAAAGUAAAUGCAACUGGGUUGGUGGGCAAGUGGUGGGUUUUUUACUUUUGUUUCUACUUUAUCGAGUGAGGACUACUACAAAAACAUAUUCGAACAAAAAAUGACACUAAUGUUGGCCUGCUUUAAGUUUCAAGGAUAGUUCUGAAUGUCUGUUCUCUCUCAUCUGUCUAGAGCUGCUAAGAGCCUAAAUAAGCACUGCCUACAUUUGUUUGUGUUUAUAGGCACCUUGAUUUUUUUAAUAUACUUUAAACUGCAGAAGUCUGAUCCUUUAAUAAAUGCUUAGUAAAAUUGUGCAAUAACCUUUAGGAAUUUUAAUGUACAGAAAUGUGACCCACAAGUGAUGGGGAUAAGGUAGGUCAGUGAAAAUUUGUAUUAUCUUAAAACCUAUUUUUCUAAUCUCUGAAUGAGAAUAAAAGCAAAAUACAGGGGAGAAAAAAGAUCUUUUCUCUCCAAACCACUCUG